AUGGGGAGAUAUCCUUGCUGUGAUGAAGUGGGAGUGAAGAAGGGGCCAUGGACGCCUGAAGAGGACCAGAAGCUUGUGGAAUAUAUAAAGAAGAAUGGGCAUGGAAGCUGGAGGCAUCUGCCGAAGAGUGCUGGGCUUAAUCGGUGUGGUAAGAGCUGUAGGCUUCGAUGGACUAACUAUCUCCGUCCUGAUAUUAAGAGGGGAAAGUUCGAGGAGGAGGAGGAACGCCUCAUUAUUCAUCUUCACUCCGUUCUUGGCAACAAAUGGUCAUCAAUCGCAACUCGGUUGCCCGGUCGUACAGAUAAUGAGAUCAAGAAUUACUGGAACACUCACCUGAAGAAAAAGCUCCUCCUCAUGGGCAUCGAUCCGAUCACCCACCGGCCGAUAACCAACCUCGAUCUCAUUGCAAACUUACCCAAUCUCCUCUCCCACACCAACAUCAAAAACUUAUCAAUAUCAUGUGAUCAAUCCCUUCAUCAACUUCACACUGAUGCAGCUCAAUUUGCCAGAAUCCAAAUCAUACAGAGCCUUCUGCAUGUCCUAUCUUCUCCUCAUCCAACUUACCCAGCAGAUAUUCUCCUACAACUGAUGAACAAUAAGCUCGAGGGAAUUAGCCAAUUGGUUUCAGCACAAGCCGGUUUGAUACCAAACGAUAUUGAAGGUUUAAAGCAAUCAAGCAACGUAUUUGAUGAUCAGGAGAUUGCAUCAAAGAUUAUGGAUGAUAUUAGCAAACAAAGAGAUCAAUUGUUUUCAGCUAAUGCUGAUGGUGCUGUUGUUGCUGCAGCUAAUUAUUCAUUCCCUUCUUUGGUUUCAUCCUCACCAGAAAAUGCAUCGUCAGUUGAUCAUCAGAAGCAAAUAGAGCAGAUUAUUAGCUCGAAUUCGAGCUCAGCUGCAGCCUGUUCUUCGAGUUCGACGCCAUUUGAUGCUUGGGAUGGUCUUCAUUUUAGUGAUCAGGAUGCAGCCGAGCUUGGCUGGAAGGAUAUUUUAGAGUAA